AAGGCGACGAACAUACACACCCCGUCGGAACGACGGUGGUGGUGUAAAUAUGAGACAAUUACGUGGGGAGCAUGAAAAUUUGCUCGGCGAAAUGAGGGAAUUCGAUAGAUGGAAUUCCUUCAUUAACAUUCUCGUGGUGGUUGCGUGGGUGUGUAGUAUUGUUCUUCCGAACAUAAAAUUUUUAGUAGGAUAUGUGGCACCGAUGGAAUGUUAUCAAACGGUCAUGGGACUUUGUGGGGAAACGAAAAUAUCGAAUAUUAAAACGAGUUGGAAUAUUAUACUACGCAUCAUCUUGGAAAAUCCUAUGAAUCAAUAUUUGGUGGA